CUUCGGUGUGGGGCUCUUGUUUUAAAAAGCGGCGCUGAGAGCUAGACUGAGGCAGCUCUGGAUCCUAAAACACAGAGACAACAGCAAUGGACUCUAAGCGAGUGUUUCAUCUGCAGCCGUGUGAUACCCCAAGCUCAACAGUGAACGGAUACUACUUCCAGGAAAGUGAUGAUAUGCAACCUGAUCGUGAAGACGACAGCAGUGAGGGCAAAGGGCAGGGGGCAGAUGAAACUUACGAAACAGUAAAUGCCUCCACCAUGUCUGAAGACAGCCUCCGAUUCUACGUCAAUAUGAACGUGGAUCUGAAGCCAAAAGCGGACGAGAAUGACAACGCUGGAUGUGUCUUGCUGCAUACUUCCAGAAAAUAUCUGAAGUUGAAGAACUUUGAGCAGGAGGUGCGAGCUCACAGAGAUUUGGAUGGAUUUCUGGCUAAGGCCAAAAUCCUGUUGGAUGUGUCAGCGCUGUCACUCGACGAUGUUCUGCGAGAGAUGCUGAGGCAUGUCGUGGAGGAGUCGGAAAAUGCCGAGCCCAAUUCUAGCUUUGAUGAAGUCAUGACCGGAUUAUUCACCGAUUCUGGCACUUUGCAAGAAGGCAGUGUACAUCUCCUGUCAAAUACUAUUCAAGGGGUUUCUGCAGCGACGACUGGUGUUCAGUACCAGCAGUCCUGGCUCUGCCUUAUGUGUACUGCAGCAACGCUCCAGAAACGUCAUGUGUGCAUCUGUCGAUUAGAAAGGCCUCAGAACUGGGGAGAGAAUUGCUGUGAGGUGCGCUACGUUAUCCUAAUCCUGGUGCCACCAAAAAUGAAAAGUACAAAAACUGCCGUUGAAGUUGGAAGAACCUUUGCCACAAUGUUUGCCGACAUGAACUUCCGCCAGAAACUCUUGGAAGCCAAGACACAGGAGGAGUUCAAAGAGACCCUGGUUCUUCAAAGGCAUCUGCUGACUGUAAUCCACAGGGAGCCUGCCAGCAAAGAUCACACCAAGUUGGAGGAAAACAAGCCCCCACAGGCUAAUGACUUCCUACGGAUAGGGAAGGGAAUGAUGGAAGACUUGCGGCGCAGGUUGCCAUUGUAUCUAUCAGAUUAUACAGACGGUAUCAUUGGUAAGAAUAAAUCCAUCAGGAAGUACAUCACCACCAUCCUGUUUCUAUACUGCAUCUGCUUACUGCCAACAAUAGCAUUUGGUUCUUUGAAUGCUGAGAAUACCAGAGGGUCAAUUGAUGUACAGAAAACCAUCCUUGCCCAGUGCAUUGGUGGAGUGGUGUAUGCUGUCUUUGCUGGCCAACCAAUGGGUAUAGUUUUAACAACUGCACCCCUUGCCUUGUAUAUUCAUGUAAUCCAGGGUAUCUGCGAUGACUACAAUCUGAAUUUCUUUGCGUUCUACGCUUGUGUUGGCUUGUGGAAUUGUUUCUUCUGUAUCAUCUACGGUCUUGCUAAUUUAAGUUUGUUGAAGAAGCUUUUCAAAAGAUCAACUGAUGAGAUCCUGGCAGUUUUCAUAUCCAUUGCUUUUGUGGUGGAUGCGUGUAAAGGACUGGCCAAAAUUUUUCAGAGUUAUUACUUCUGUACAGAAAGGCAUUUAAAUCCUUUUGGAUGGAACCAGGAUCUCAGCUCUACGUUUAAUACCACUCCCUCGAUCAAUAGCACAUAUCCUGAGGGAGAGGCAUGUGGCCGAGACACAGCUGUGCUCAGUCUCCUAUUGAUGCUCGGUACACUCUGGCUGGGAUACACCUUGUUUCAGUUCAAGAAAAGCCCCUUUCUUCAUGCCCGGGUCCGAGAAACCCUGUCAGAUUGUGCCUUGCCGAUAUCUGUGGUAGUAUUUUCAUUUGUGGGAUCAUACCUUUUUCGGGAUAUAAAAGUUGCGUCAUUUAGUUAUAAUCCCAAUAAUGGUUUAUUCAACCUGGCCCCAUUUCACCUCCUCUCGAUUGGAGCAAUAUUUGGUGGGAUGGGUUUGGGCUUCCUUCUGUCAAUGCUAUUCUACUUGGAACAGAACAUUGUGAUGUCAUUAACAAAUGCCUCUCAGAACAGGCUAGUAAAAGGCACAGGUUAUCACUGGGACAUCUUUCUUGUCGGCAUAAUCAACAUUGUGUUAUCUAUUUUUGGCCUGCCGUGGGUCCACUCUGCAUUCCCUCAUUCUCCAUUGCAUGUCCGUGCUCUGGCAUACGUAGAGCAGAGGGUGGAGAAUGGUCAUUUGCAUGAGAUGAUUGUUCGUGUAAGGGAGACCCGAGUGUCUGCUCUUGUGGCGCACAUACUGGUGGGAAUCUCACUCCUGAUGUUGCCCAUCCCUCUGCAGUGGAUUCCCAAACCAGUCCUCUAUGGUUUGUUCCUCUACGUUUCCGCGACCUCCAUCGAUGGGUGCCAGUUUUUUGAGAGGUUGGCCCUUCUGUUCAAAGAGCAGACAUCUUAUCCCCCUACCCACUACAUCAGGAGAGUUCCCCAGAGGAAGAUCCAUUACUUCACUGGCCUGCAGCUGAUUGAGAUCGCCAUUCUCUGUGGCUUUGGAAUGGCUCCACUUCCCUACCUGAAGAUGAUAUUUCCCCCAAUUAUGCUUGCCAUGGUCCCAGUCAGAUACUACAUCCUCCCUCGAAUAAUCGAAGCCAAGUAUUUGGAUGCAAUGGAUACAGAACAUUAAAGGACAACAGAAUCAAGCGGGUGUACCCCAUGUGCUGUGCAUCACAAUAUAUCUGGAGAUGUGUUCAUAGUGUAUCAGUGCUCAAGGACUAACCAAAGUAGCUGGCAUUUUUGACUCUGAUCCAGCGAGUACUACCUUGUCCAUUUUACUACAAGCAAUACUUGUGCUACAAAACUUUUGUCCCAAUCUUGAAGUGUCACUUUGAUUUCCCUCUUUUUUGGAGAAAGUUGAAGAAUAUGUCUGUGGUAGCAGGAGACUGACCACUUAAACAAAAUGGUUAGUGUUCUUCCAGUCCAUCAACCCAAUCCAACCCUCUGCCCUUUCCUUUUUCAUACUAGUCCAGACUUUUUCAAUUAUGAAGUCCUUCAAAUCAACAUCUUGGAUUUGCUUUCUGAAGCAGAGUGUACAGUAUAUAGGACCUCCACACAAUCACAGUACCAUUGCAUUGAAGGUAUUGUUUUUCUGCAGUUCACAUGCACAUUGUGAUAGUCAUUAUGAUGCUGUAUCUGCAUCCACAUUUUGUAUGUUUGUGUAUGUAUGUGUAAAUAUUAUGUAUUCCAUCUCAAGCUGCUUAAAUAUUUUCACAAGUGUCAUUGGUCGGAACAUAAUUUUGAUUUGAAUGGGUGAGACUGGCACAAAUUGAGGUCAGUAGGUUUUGCUGAAAGUUGACCACAAGCUCUGACCACUGAGCUGACAGUGGUGGCAUUUCUUUCACCUUACAACCAUUGUCCAUCAAAUUAACUGGUCUGACCAUGAUGAACCCUUCCUCCUCUUUGAAUUUCACCCCUCUCUUCAACUACCUCCCUCUCUUCCCACUCAACCAGCUUCUUUACCCACUCACUGCUCCUUCUCUCAUGAUGCACGCACACCUGUUACCCAACAACCUCCAUGUGACCGACACGAGAGUUUAAUGGUGCAUUUAUGGGCAUGUGUAGAGCUGUGAUGUAAAUGGAUUAGAAUGUAAAAGAUUUUCUCCUGUAUCGAUAUUGAGUCAAAGCCUGUGAUACAGUAAUAUAUAAUAAUUAUGGCAUUGGUCAAUUAUUUCAGAUGUUUCAACGUGUUGGAAAUGUCUUUUGAUAACUGACACUUGAUGAGUGAAUAUUACUGUCAGUGGAUCAAAGAAACUAAAACU